AUGACCCAUGUUGACCCAUCUGUGCUCGGCAAAGGUCGACCAGUGCCAACUCCACUACAGGGCGUGAAGGUGGGACCCUGUGUAGAUGAUUCCCAGCAGGCCAAGGCGAAGGCUGCUGCGUCCCCGGUGGAUCUGCUGGACAUGGGCGAAAAGUCAGGCCCCUCAGUCCCGGUGAAGGCGGUCCCGGAGACGGAUCUUCUGAACUUCGAUGCUACGCCGGCGGCAGCUCCCCAGAAACGCCAGGAGACCGAUCUAUUAGGCUCCGGAGGCGGCGACUUGCUGGGCCUUUCUGCACCAUCCGCACCAUCCGCACCAUCCGCUCAGGCGAACGACCUGUUGAGCGCGAUGGCCGGAGCACCUUUGGACUUUGGAGCGCAGGCAGCACAG